GAAGUAAGCGAAAACAUAAAAGCCUCAGAAACCGCUCCUAGUGAUAAAAGAAUUAGUGGAAGAACUAAACAAUUAAACUUUAAAGUUAGAGAGGAAUUUUAUUGGAAAUUGAAAAAUAUGGCGGUAGAGGAAAAGUGUAUGAUGGUGGAAGUUUUAGAAAAAAGUUUGGAGGGUUAUGAGAAAGCGAGAAAAAAAUAA